CGACAUUAAUUAUAAUGAAGAAAAUAAGGUAAUACCUUAUAAAACUGUGUAUGGUCUUUCAAAUAAAUGCACAAAAAAUUCUGAUCAUCGAAUAAUCGACGAAAAUUAUCGUACAUGUCAAUUGAAUGCGAUUAAAAAAUGGAAUAUAGCUUUGGCUGAUUAUUAUACCGAAACAGUGAAUUUUUGUUGUUUCGUUUAUGAAGUAUUAGAAUGUGAAACGAAAGUUUUAUAUCAAUGUGAUCAAGAAUAUUCUGAUCGAAAUGAAAAAGAAACCCGACGAUUGUUUGACAAAUCAUGUCAACGGAUUAUGUCAAAUAAUGCUUGUAAAAAGGCCGUUGAUGAGGGAUCAACAGAAAUUUGGAAAUAUGUCCUAUAUGUAAUUGGUGCAGCCAUUACAACUGCAAUUUCCAUUUAUGCUUGUGUAAAAGGUUAUAAACGACUCACAAUUACUCCCGAAAAGAAAGCAAUGGAAUUGUAUAAACAAGAAAAAAUCAAUCAACUCUAUGAAGCAGAAUCUAUUCGCAAUGUGUAUGAUAAGCAAGUAAAUAAUCUUGACAAAAAAUGGUAUCGAAAUACAUCUAAACAGAUAAAGGGUGAUUCAAAUUUAGAAUCAAUGACCGAAGUGGAAACAGAAAAAAAGGGUUUCUGGAAAAACGUAGGUGAAAUGUUCAAGAAACCAUGGGAAAAAAUGAAGGAGGCGAGGAUUAAAAACAAAUUAAAGUCAGGUAUUGAUAAAGAAGCAAAAAACAAGAAUUUUUGGGAUGAUUUUGAAAAUGAUCCAUCAAAAUAUUAUUCUGAAUUAUCAACCGAAAAAGUAGAAACAAAAGAGAAAACUGUCGAUGCUGUCAUGGAAAAGGGAAGAAGAAAUGAGUUAAUUCAAACGGAAGCUCGUCUACAAUAUGAAGACAUCGAAAAGGACAACCAAGUAAGAUUAACAGAAGAUAAAAAGUAUUUCGAAAAUUUAGCGAAAAUGGAACAAACUGAUCAAACGUCGGUAGCGGAAAGGGAAUUAACUAGAUUGAUGAAUCCAAGACAAAAAAUUGAAAACGUAAAAAGCGAUUCACUUUUGUCGAAAGUAAUCGUCAGUCUUAAUCAAGAACAGGUUGAUGUCCAUCAUAAAAUGUUACGAACUAGAAAUUUUGGCGAAUUCGAAACGAUGAAUCAACUGGAUAAUUGGAUGAAAAAAUUGGAAGAGACUAGAACCAGCAUGCGAAACGAGCGUAGAAAUGACUUCAGUGCAUUGCUAGGAAGUAAUUUGACAAUUCCUGAUUUGAAUAAAGGAUUAGCUAAAACAAGUGAGAAGAGUUUUGAAUCAAGUGAACUAAAUCUUAAUCAAGUUGAUAAAAAUAAUGGAUCACUAAAGACUACACAACUGAAAAACAUUAAUAGUAAUGAAGAAAAAACCAAUAUCAUCACUGAUGCUGAUGUUCAAACAUCUGAAAAACCGGAGCAAACAUCAACAUCAGCAGUAAUUGCACAAAAAUUUCAACACUCGCAACCGAUAAAUCAAAAAACUGAAAAGAUUUAUGUGGAACAAGAAACAGCAUCAUCAUCCGUAAUCGAUGAAGGACAAGACUCAGAGGCAAUACAAGUAAGAAAUUAUACCGAAACAACAAAAAAAGUUUUAGAAAAUGUUGAAUUUCAAAAUGAAUCCAAACUCAAAGGAUCAACAUCUCAAAAAUUGGAUACAAUUUCAACAAAUCCUGAAAUUGCCGAUCCUGUGACAGAAGAAAAAUAUGCAACAACCAAUAAACACGGUCAAUUGUUAACUCCAGAAGUCGAAACAACAUCGGAUUCUGGUAAACAAGGUACAACAGAAAAACAAUUGCAAUCAACAGUAAGUGAGUCGAAAUCAAAAAUACCAGAAGAAAUUCCAUCAGCGAAUAGAUUCGAAACGGAUUCUACAACAUCAGCCCAAAGUUCUACAAAAAUUAGUGAAUCAGACAAACCAUCUUUAAAAUCAGCUCAAAUUGAACAGGUGAUGACAGAAACAAUUGACAUCUCAAGUGAUGUAGGUCAAGGCUCAAAGUCUAGCCUAACGAGAAAAUUAACCAAAACAAUUAAAAAAACUGUCAAAAAUCCGGAAUCACAAAAUGAAUCCAAACUUGAAGAACUGAAAAAGGAUUCAAUUUCAAAAAAGCUUGAAAUGGAUUUGGGACUCGAACAAGAGACACAAGGAAGAAAUUCGCAAUCAGCAGUCAGCGAUUCGAAAUCAAAAACUCCAGUAGCGAUUCCAUCUGCAAAAAGUUCUACAAAAAUUAGUGAAUCAGCCAAACCAUCUUUAAAAUCAGCUCCAAAAGUCAAGUCAACAUUAGAUUUAAUGAAACAAGAAGCAAAGGGAACAGAAUUGCGAUCAGAUAGUGGUUUGAAAUCGGAAAUUCCAACAGCAAAUUUGAUCACAGAAAAUGUCGAACCAAUUGAUAAAGAUGCCAAGCUUGAACAGGUGAUCACAGAAGCAAUCGACAUCUCAAGCGAUGUAGGUGAAGGCUCAAAGUCUAGCCUAGCGAGAAAAUUAACCAAAACAAUAAAAAAAUUUGUCAAAAAUCCUGAAUCACAAAAUGAAUACAAACCUGAAGAGCCAAAAGCGGAUUCAAUUUCAAAAAAGCUUGAAAUGGAUUUGGGACUCGAACAAGAGACACAUGCACGAAAAUCGCAAUCAGAAGUGAGGGAUUCGAAAUCAAAAAUACCAGUAGCGAUUCCAUCUGCGAAAAGUUCGGAAAUUGAUAAGUUAAAAUCAAAAACACCAAUAGCGAUUUCAUCUGCAAAAAGUUCGGAAAUUGGUAAGCUGAAAUCAAAAAUACCAGUGGCGAUUCCAUCUGCAAAAAGUUCAGAAAUUGGUGAGAUUAAGUCCAAAACACCCACACCAGCUGCAUCUACAAAAAGAACAUCGGUCGGUCAGUUGAUGUCCAGAACAUUCACACCAGUUACAUCUACAAAAAUAGAUAAAAUCGAAACGACUGAAGAGAAAAUAAAAAGAUUGAAAGAAACUUACCUUAGAUUAAUAGAACGUUUGCCAAUUGAAAUGAUUGAUGAAAAAAGUGAAUUUUUUACUGGCCAGAGAUCAACCGGUAAUUCCGAAAGUUUAAUUCUUGAAAAUAAAACAGAAAGUUCACAGGAAAUCAAAUUACAAAGUCAAAAUCAGACGCAAUCAUCAACAUCAUCGUCAAAUACAUCAACGAUAAGUACGGAGUUGAAUCGUACAGGAAGAUCAAUAAAACAAAUAAUUUCAACGACAGCAACACAAACUAAUUUACCAUUUCCGGAUUUAAUUCAAUAAAAAAAACCUGAAGAAUAUUUUACAAAACAUUCUCAACGAAUAAAAACUUUUAUUAAUUUCAAUAUUA